AAAAAUUGAAGCACAUUAUUGAAGGAUAUAUUCUAGCCGAUGACAUGGGUUCGAAGCUUCGUUAAAUCUCCUGACCUGCAACCCCAGAGGAUAUUGUCCGCGAUCUAUUGUUUGUCCCGGGAAAAUCCCUGUUUUUCCCCGCGGCGAAGAUAGGUAUAUAGAGUAAAAGUGUCCCGAUAUUAUCAAACAAUCAUCGUCUCACUUUACAAACGGCAAUAUGAUUCUUCUUAUAAUUUUAUUGUUUUUCUACUCGUCCGUGAGUGCAACUUCUCUCUAUGCCCGCCUAGAGAAUGGCCUGGCACGCACGCCACAGAUGGGAUGGAAUACAUACAAUACUUACAGCUGCCAUCCAAAUGAGACCAUUGUGCACUCUAAUGCGCAGGCACUAGUCAGUUUGGGCCUUGCGGACCUUGGAUACCGCUAUGUUACCACUGACUGUGGCUGGAGUGUCGCUGACAGACUCCCUAAUGGUACACUAACAUGGAAUGAGACCUUGUUCCCUAGCGGAUUCCCAUCUCUCGGUCGUUAUAUUCAUGAUCUGGGAUUGCUGUUUGGUGUCUAUGGGGAUUCAGGGAUCAAACUAUGCGGCAGUCCGCCAGAUCAGGCUGGUAGUCUAUAUCAUGAAAAUAUCGACGCGAAGACAUUCGGGGAAUGGGAGAUUGAUUCGCUUAAAUAUGACAAUUGCUAUUCCGAUGCAGCCACUGGCUAUCCAGAUGCGAACUAUUCUCCAAGUGUUUCACCUGAACCGCGCUAUUCCAUCAUGUCACGUUAUCUACAAGCACUGAAUCGACCGAUCCUCUUCCAGAUUUGCGAAUGGGGCAUUGACUUCCCUGCUCUCUGGGCUCCGGCUAUUGGCAACUCAUGGCGCAUUGGAAAUGACAUUAUUCCACACUGGCGCACAGUAUUUCGCAUUCUCAACCAGGCUGCUCCUCAAGUCAGCUUUGCCAGUUCUGGGCAAUGGCCUGACCUGGAUAUGCUAGAAGUUGGCACAGAGGUCUUCACUAUCCCCGAGGAGCAGACCCAUUUUUCACUAUGGGCCAUACUGAAAUCUCCAUUGAUAAUUGGGGCAGACCUCACCUCAAUCAGUAACGACUCCCUCGCCGUCAUGAUGGAAAAGGAUGUAAUUAGCUUUAACCAAGACAUUAUCGGGACGAGUGCGAGCUUGCAGAGACGCUGGUCCGAUGACGGGUACGAGGUCUGGAGUGGACCGUUAUCCGGGAACAGGACGGUGGCGGCUCUCAUUAACUGGAAAAGUGAGGAGAGACGGCUGACACUGGAUUUACCGGAUAUUGGCCUCCAAUAUGCCGGAGAAUUGCGGAAUAUAUGGGACGGAUCAAGUAUGACAGUAGUACGGACAUCGUAUACGUCAAAGAUCGCAGGCCAUGGUACGAUGCUUGUUGAAUUAGGCGGCACUUCUCCAGUUGGGAUUUACCCCAGCGAACUAUUUUCCUCAUCCAGGGGGGAUACUCAUACCUUCGCUCCUAUAUACGCCCGCAGCAGCAGUGCACGCUACAACCUCGCUAUUACAUUCGCACAUUGCCUUUCCACUACAACACAUAUAAUAGUGAACAGCGUACCAGAAGCUGUUCCUAACUCAACGUGUCAUGUCUCUGUCUUCGUGACGCUCGCUGCAGGCUCCAAUAACACAAUCACUAUCCACUCGGUCCCGUCCAUCAAGUCCAUCCAAGUGCAAGAACCGAAUUCAACUUACUAUGCUGGAGAUACCAACUUCACCCUUUCUGGUUCAGCGAGGAUUGUGACAUGUGGGGAGGGAUUCUGCCAACCUGUAGGGGCAAAGAUCGGCUACCUGAGCCCGAACAGCACUGCUGCUGCGCAUAUCCCUGCCACACUCACCGGGGAUGGACGCAAGUAUGUGGAAAUUGAUUAUAUUAAUAACGAGAUCGCGUUCAACUCAUCCUGGGGCUGGGGAUCAAACUCACGGAACAUCACAAUCGGUGUCAAUGACGCAGACCCAGUACUGCUGGAGGUACCGCUGAGUGGUAGACAUAGUGAGUUAUACGGACCUGGUCGUGGAUGGUGGGAUACGGCGACUCUUGGGGUAUUGACCUCUGGCUGGAAGGAAGGUCUAAAUAAAGUCGUGAUUGGGAAUGAGGGCGGAGAACAUGGGUUUCAACCUUAUGCGGCCGAUUUUGUGGGAUUAAGGGUAUAUCUUGGAGCUGACGAAGAUGCUUGAUUGUGCAACUAUCUAGGGGCUGAGCUGAACUGAUCUAUCUGGCCACUACUCUGCUGACUAAGCUGGCUGCUGGCGCGGGCGACCACUACUGGAGCCCCUAGGGGCACCGAAACACCCCCUUCGACUGCGCUGGCAGAUAGGUUUAAUUCCCUAAUUGGGUAAUUUGUUAGGUUUCUUUAGUGUAGUAUUCCUCCUCCUAAUAGCUGUUUAUAUUCUGAAUUAAUUUAAUAUCUAAUCUGGACGGGUUGUUUAAUCUAAACCUAUUUAACAUCUAGGCUAGACGGGUUGUUGAAUCUAAACUAAACCUAUUUAACAUCUAGGCUAGACGGGCUGCUCGGCGUAUAUAACUGCUUUGUUAAAGGUAUUUAUAAUCCAAUUUAAUGUCUAAUCUAGACGGACUCUGAUCCUAUUUAA